AUUAAAAUUUGGUUUUUGUGACGUGUUUUUACUACGGCAAUGUUGCCAAGUACCAGUAUUACUACAUCAUGAUUGCCUUCAAUUGAAAAAUUUAUUGAGUGGGACAAUUUUGACGUUAUGCAAAUGAAAUUUGUUAUCUUUGACAUUGUCCAAAGUUCUUCGCAUGAAUAUAUCGUCAACAGACUUAAUCCAUCCUUCUUAAACAAACGAAUAAACAAACAAAAUAUGGCUUCUACUGGAUUAUUGGUUAUAUCGAACUUUAAACAAACACCACAGACUUUGAAAGCCAUUGAAAAAUAUGUUCACUCACUUUAUGUGCAUAUCAAUGUACCUGGUAGUGCAACUCCAGUGCCUUCUUGGGGUCGUUUUAUAUCACAACUUUACGUCGAUGGUGCAACUUUAUUAACUUCCUGUGAAAAGCUGAACAUGAAUAUUUUGGUGGGUCCGCUGAAACAGCAAGGCACUUUUGAUAGUCUUCGACUUAAACCAAUUGAUAUGAUAUUCUCCGACGCCCGUUGUACCGAAGUAUGCGAGCAAUUGCGACAACAAUUGCAAAUCGAGAAACCACCCAUUUAUUUGGCCGAUGAUGUAGUUGUAACGGAUUUGUGCGAGCAUCAACAAUCUAAACCUCUGGAUAAAUUACAAGUGUAUGAAAACGUUGUCUUGGGUGGAACGUUUGAUAGAAUUCAUCUAGGUCAUAAAAUAUUUCUUACGCAAGCUGUGUUAAGAGCCUGCAGGCGAUUAGUGGUGGGCGUUACUACGCAAAAGAUGACAAAAUCAAAAAUUUUGAACGAGUUGAUUUUACCGGUGGAGCAGCGAAUCUCUGAAUUACGUGAGUUUUUACAGGAGAUCGAUUCUACUCUUCACUAUGAAAUCGUACCUAUAGAUGAUCCAUAUGGGCCUACAAACAGCGAUCCUAACAUGGAUAUGAUUGUGGUUAGUUCAGAGACGUUGCGCGGUGGUGAGAAGAUUAACGAAAUUCGAGCUAAAAAUAAUUUAAAACUACUCGACAUCUACUGCAUUGAUCUUGUGGAAAAUUCCGAUCGAAAAGGGCCUAAAGAAAGUAAAAUUAGUUCCAGCAAUGCACGUAUAGACUUGUUAGGCACUCGUUUACGGCAACCAGAAUAUCAUAAAAAUUUGCCAUCAGAAAUUUAUAUUAUUGGGCUUACCGGUAACAUAGCCAGUGGAAAAAGUAAAAUGACGCAACGUUUCCAGUCGUUGGGGGCCACCGUAAUGGAUUGUGACAAAAUAGCUCAUGAAAUAUACGAACCAGGUCAAGUUUGCUAUGACAAGAUUAUUCAACAUUUCGGUCGAUCUAUCUUAGAUAACGGUCGUAUUGAUCGUCCUAAAUUGGGAGCAAUUGUAUUUAGUAAUCCCAAAGAGUUGGAAAGAUUAAAUGAUAUUGUUUGGCCAGAAUUAUUGAAAGAAGUGAAGAGAAGAAUUCAAGGUUUACCUAUCAUUCCAGGUGAGAUCAAAAUAGUGAUUUUGGAGGCUGCUGUUCUUUUGAAGGCUGGCUGGGACAAAGAAGUGCACGAAGUGUGGUCAAUGUUAGUGCCUUUAGAUGAGGCCAUACGUCGUGUAGUCGCACGUAACAAUUUAACCGAAACAGCAGCGCGUGACCGCCUAGCUAGUCAAUUAACAAAUAAGGAACUUGUCGCCCGUUCGCACGUAGUGUUCAGCUCUCAAUGGGAACCUGAAUUUACCCAAAAACAAGCCGAAAAAGCCUGGAAUAUGCUGAAAGAGGAGCUUCAGCAAAAACAGUUACAAACAAAGCAUAAUUUAUGAUAACUGAUCUUGCUGAAGUUCCGCAUGCUAUGGUUCGUUAUGCAUUUAACCAGACAAUCAAUCACUAAAGCUGUUUGUUGAAUAUAUUU